AUCAUCAUUCACUCUUAUUUUCAGUGAUCUGAACGUUUGACCCACACAUUGAGUCGGACACUCGACACAAGAUAUUUUGUAAAUUACAUUACUACUUUUAUCCAUCAUUUUUAUUGGAUCUAUCAGUUGAUUUAUUUUAUUUUUAAUUAGAUUCGUUAAUUUAAACGUGAUGCGAAUCCCCAUACUUUCCUGAGGUUUCUUCGAAUUGCCUCUGAUGUACCAUUUUUCUAUGGUAUUCUGAUCGUCUUUUCGCCAUCCUCCUACGUGUCAUUCUCUAGCUUUACCCUCUUUUUCAUAUUAUUUAUGAUAAAUUCGUCUGGGUAGUUGUUGUCAAGUAACACUGUGAAUAAGACGUUUAUUUCUUUACGCUGGUUCUCUGUUGUUGUAGUUGUUGUUGUUAGUCUACGUAUUCUAUCUGCAAGACCUUCUAUUAAUUCUCGUUUUACCGUGAGUCCAUGGGGCUGAGUGAUAAUGUGUAGUUUUUUUUCUAUACAGAGUCGUUUUCAUGCUACCUACCAUCUGUUACUCUUUGUACUUUGCAGUCUAACACACCCAGUUCCUCAAUUUCAUUCUCUACUUCCAUAUUGUGAAUUCUACUCAGUUCACAGGAUUGUUUAUGUGUGUAAGAAGAAUUUCCCAACAUUGUUCCCUGUCAUUAUUACUAACGUAUUGUCGUCUACAUAUCUCCACCAACAUUUUAUUGAUGACCUGAAUGGUUUAGGUGCAUUCUUUUCGCGAAAAUCCAUGAAUAUGUCAGCUAUUAUUGGUGAGAUGGGCAAUCCCAUGGCUACUCCUCCUUCAUUUUGUUGGUAUAUUCUUCCUUCAAAUUUAAAAUAUGUUCUUGUGAGACGGAAUUCAACCUCUUUUAUGAUCUCUUCUACGGAUAAUCGUGUCCUGUCUUUCAGGUCAUUAUCCUCGUCUAGUCUCGUUUUCAGUGCAUCCAUAACCAUCUGAAUGGGUAUUUUCAGUAUAGACUGUUUACAUCAAAGGCGACUGGUAUUUCCUCUUCGUAUAUUCUAAUGCCUUUUAGUCCUUACACUUACUCAAAUGUCUGCCCGUCUGUCUGUUUUUGACAUAGAACUUUCCAGAUAUGUUCGGCAGUUCAAGUCGCCACACUCCCUCUUUGUAACACACAAAGCAAGAGAAGAAAGUA